CGACCCGCCUCUGGACGGACAGGCAACACUCGAGUGCUGCACGUCAGAGGGACAUUUUUUUUUGUGUGAAACGAGGGUGUGGCGGCGGGGAUAUCGGGACAGUUCAGUGGGUCUUUGGCUGGUUUGGGAAAUAGCGACUGUACUCGAACCGACAGGAGUGUGAUGACAGGGAAACAGCGCCCCCUGUCUCCCUUUAGCUGAGUGGCGCUCGGUUCCCAUUCAGCCUCCCAAACCCUCGUGACCGGUCCCCCAUACCGCCCUCCGGUCCAGCCCCCCCCCCCCCGCCCAAAGAGGAAGAGCGAGAGGAGGAAGAGGAGGGGGGAAGAGCCGUCAUGGACGACAUCUUCACCCAGUGCCGGGAGGGCAACGCAGUGGCUGUCCGUCUGUGGCUGGACAACACAGAGAACGACCUCAACCAGGGGGAUGAUCACGGGUUCAGUCCGCUGCACUGGGCGUGUCGGGAGGGGCGCUCCGGCGUGGUGGACAUGCUCAUCAUGAGGGGAGCGCGAAUCAACGUGAUGAACCGAGGAGACGACACGCCCCUGCACCUCGCCUCCAGCCACGGACACCGAGACAUCGUCACCAAGCUGAUCCAGGUCAAGGCUGACCCCAAUGCCUCCAACGAGCACGGCAACACGCCCCUGCACUACGCCUGCUUCUGGGGCCAGGACCUGGUGACCGAGGACCUGGUUACUAACGGAGCCCAGGUGAGCAUCUGUAACAAGUAUGGAGAGACGCCAUUGGACAAGGCCAAGCCUCACCUGAGAGACCUGCUGAAAGAGCGUGCGGAGAAGCUGGGGCAGAGUCUGACGAGGAUCCCCUUUAAGGACACCUUCUGGAAGGGCACCACUCGAACCCGGCCCCGAAACGGCACACUGAACAAACUUGCAGGAAUUGACUUCAAGCAGCUGUCUCUGCUGGCCAAGAUCAACGAGAACCAUUCAGAGAGGUGAGACUGUCUGUGGCAGGGGCGUUGGCAGGGCACUGAGAUUGUGGUGAAGGUGCUGAAGGUUCGCGACUGGACCACCAGGAAGAGCCGUGACUUCAACGAGGAGUAUCCCAAACUCAGGAUCUUCUCCCACCCCAACGUGCUGCCCAUGCUGGGGGCCUGCCAGUCCCCCCCCGCCCCCGACCCAAUCAUCAUCACCCACUGGAUGCCCUACGGCUCUCUGUACAACGUACUCCACGAGGGCACCAACUUUGUGGUGGACCAGACGCAGGCGGUGAAGUUUGCUCGGGACAUUGGGUCUGGGAUGGCCUUCCUGCACACCCUGGAACCCAUGAUCCCCCGACACUAUCUCAACAGCAAGAGUGUCAUGAUUGACGAGGAUAUGACAGCCAGGAUAAGCAUGGCGGAUGUGAAGUUCUCCUUCCAGUGUCCCGGCAGGAUGUACGCUCCAGCCUGGGUGGCUCCUGAAGCCUUGCAGAAGAAGCCAGAGGACAUUAACCGCCGGUCAGCCGACAUGUGGAGCUUCGCCGUGCUUCUGUGGGAGCUGGUGACCCGGGAGGUGCCCUUCGCCGACCUCACCAACAUGGAGAUCGGCAUGAAGGUCUCCCUGGAGGGCCUCCGGCCCACCAUCCCCCCCGGCAUCUCGCCACACAUCUGCAAGCUGAUGAAGAUCUGCAUGAACGAGGACCCGGCCAAGAGGCCCAAGUUCGACAUGAUCGUGCCCAUCCUGGAGAAGAUGCAGGACAAGUGAAGCGCCCCCCCCCC